AUUGGGAAUGAGUUCCUUCCCGUCUGGAAUGCUCUUCCCCAGGCGACAGACCCUGCGGCUCUUCAUGUCUCAGGUUAAUGCCAUCCUGUUCCAGGAUUCCCGACUUCGGAAAGCAUAAGUAAUUCCUCCCCAAUCUCUCAUUUUACCGUUAUCUAAGUUAUUACAAUUUGUCAUUAUAUAUCUAGUCAUACCGUUUACGUAACGUCUUCUCCACUGAACUGUAAGCUCCAUGAGCGCAAGAGUUCACUCGGUUUUACUUAAUAAUUAGCACCUAGUACAGUACUAGCAUAGAGUGAAGGCCUCAUAAUUUUUUUAAAAAUUUAUUUUUAGACAGGGUCCUGCUCUGUCACCCAGGCUGGAGUGCAGCGGUGCGACCUCGGCUCACUGCAGCCUUGAGCUCUCAGGUCCGGCUAUCCUCCCGCCUCGGCCUCCGGAGUAGCUGGGGCUGCAGGCGCGCGCCACCAUGACAGGCUAAUUUUUGGGGGGUGGGGGGUGGGUAGGCCUGGGGUCUCGCCAUGUUGCCCAGGCAGGGUCCUGAGCUCAAGUGAUCCUCCUGCCUCGGCCUCCCAAGGUGCUGGGAUUAUAGGCGUGAGCCUCAGCGCCCAGGCAAGUUAGCCUUUUUAAAUGUCCCGUCUCCGGAGGUUGCCGAAGUUGGUCUUCUUCGGUCUCCUCCUCUCGCCCAGGACCAGGGCUGGGACGAGACCGGUUCCCGCCUGACCACUUACAAUGAAGACAGGAACCUUGGGAGCGGGUACCGGAACGCUCGGGAACGGCACCAAACUACGAAUCCUAGGACGGAAAAGCGUUGCCAAGACACUCGUCCCCGGAGCCGCUUCCUGGGACUCUCUAGCCUGCGACCGCUUCUUAGUGGUUUUCCGGUUUUCACCUUCCUCCUCGCGCUGUUUCCGCCUCUUCCCUUCCGCCGCCGGAUUUUGACGUGCUCUCGCGAGAUUUGGGUCUUUUCCUAAGUCGGCACUCGCCAAGGAGAAAGCCAUGUUCAGUUCGAGCGCCAAGAUCGUGAAGCCCAACGGCGAGAAGCCAGACGAGUUCGAGUCCGGCAUCUCCCAGGCUCUUCUGGAGCUGGAGAUGAACUCGGACCUCAAGGCUCAGCUCAGGGAGCUGAAUAUUACGGCAGCCAAGGAAAUUGAAGUUGGUGGUGGCCGGAAAGCUAUCAUAAUCUUUGUUCCUGUUCCUCAACUAAAAUCUUUCCAGAAAAUCCAAGUCCGGCUGGUACGCGAAUUGGAGAAAAAGUUCAGUGGGAAGCAUGUUGUCUUUAUUGCCCAGAGGAGAAUUCUGCCUAAACCAACUCGAAAAAGCCGUACAAAAAAUAAACAAAAGCGUCCCAGGAGCCGUACACUGACAGCUGUGCACGAUGCAAUCCUUGAGGACCUGGUCUUCCCAAGUGAAAUUGUGGGCAAGAGAAUCCGCGUGAAACUGGAUGGCAGCCGGCUCAUAAAGGUUCAUUUGGACAAAGCACAGCAGAACAAUGUGGAACACAAGGUUGAAACUUUUUCUGGUGUCUAUAAGAAGCUCACGGGCAAGGAUGUUAAUUUUGAAUUCCCAGAGUUUCAAUUGUAAACAGAAUGACUAAAUAAAAAAUAUAUUCGCAGUA